CAUAACACCUUCCUGGGAAAGCCAAUUAACAGUUGAAAUCCUAGCUUGGAUUAUUAUGAUCAAUAAUGCCAUAAGCCUUAAUCAUGCUGACACUGACUUUGAAAGCUUACCCAAGGUGGCACUUUAUAAAGGCUGCAAUGCUGAGAAUAGCAUUACCAGCUUCUGCUCAAAUGUUAAGAAGGAGGUGAAUUUCAAGAGGGGAGCCUCAAAGGAAGCAAAACAUACUUGUAAGAUCAAAAAUACCUCUGGAACUGCAACCAUGAAUGGAACAGAGGGUCCAAAUUUCUAUGUGCCUAUGUCCAACAAGACAGGGAUAGUACGGAAUCCAUUUGAGUAUCCUCAGUACUACCUUGCUGACCCAUGGAAGUUCUCUGUACUGUCUGCUUACAUGUUUCUGCUGAUUCUCCUUGGCUUCCCUGUCAAUUUCCUGACUCUGUAUGUCACCAUCCAACACAAGAAACUCCGGACGCCCCUCAACUACAUCCUUUUGAACCUGGCCUUUGCUAACCUCUUCAUGGUCUUUGGAGGAUUCACCACCACCAUGUACACCUCAAUGCAUGGUUAUUUUAUCUUUGGGACAACAGGCUGCAACGUUGAAGGUUUCUUUGCUACACUGGGUGGUGAAAUAGCUCUGUGGUCCCUAGUAGUCUUGGCCAUUGAAAGAUAUGUGGUGGUCUGCAAGCCCAUGAGCAACUUCCGAUUUAGUGAGACCCAUGCCCUCAUGGGUAUCAUUUUCACCUGGGUCAUGGCCCUGGCCUGUGCUGCUCCUCCACUGUUUGGAUGGUCUAGGUACAUCCCAGAGGGUUUGCAGUGCUCAUGUGGAAUUGAUUAUUACACUCUGAAACCUGAGGUCCACAACGAAUCUUUUGUCAUCUACAUGUUUGUGGUUCACUUCCUCAUUCCACUGAUCAUCAUUUCCUUCUGUUAUGGGCGCCUGGUCUGCACUGUUAAAGAGGCCGCAGCUCAGCAACAAGAAUCUGCCACCACCCAGAAAGCCGAGAGAGAAGUUACUCGCAUGGUCAUCAUCAUGGUUAUUUCGUUCCUCGUUUGCUGGGUCCCCUAUGCCAGCGUUGCUUUCUACAUUUUCACCCACCAGGGAUCUGACUUUGGCCCUGUCUUCAUGACCAUCCCAGCUUUCUUCGCCAAGAGCUCUGCUAUCUACAACCCGGUGAUUUACAUUGUAAUGAACAAACAGUUCCGUAACUGCAUGAUCACCACCAUUUGCUGUGGAAAGAACCUGCUGGGUGAUGACGACGCUUCUGCUGGCACCAAGACAGAGACUUCCUCAGUCUCCACCAGCCAGGUUUCUCCUGCAUAGAUCCCUCAUGGAAGCCGCUGAUCUCGGAGCUGGCAUGCCUUGUCAGCAAGGGCACGCAAGUCCCAUUUGCAUGCAUGUAGUCAUGUCCACCAUCACCACCGCCUGCAUGUGAUUCACAGUUAACCCAGCAGAAUGGACUUUUCAGUUCUGACAAUAGAAAUCAUUUGAACAAGGCUGUACAUAUUUUUUUUUAAUUAAAUAUAAAGGGCUAGCUCCUCAGGUGGUGUAGAUGUGUGUAUAUCCAUUGACUUGUGUAGAGUUAUCCCCAUUUACACCGACUGAGUAUCUGGGUCAUACAGAGAGACGAAUGUUCUCCUUUCACAGAAUGGAAAAGACUAGUGAGGCCGCAGCCUUGUGGAUUCAUCCCUACCAUGGCGACUGUUCUGGAUGUGAACCACAGAGGCUAUGGUUAGGAAAGCCCACUGUAAAGACCCAAGACACAGCAAUCUAGCGAGGGAUGAAGUAUACCCGUGUUACAAAGCUGGGAUCAGUGGGGGCGCAUGAAACCUAGUGAGCAGUGGGUAGGGUUGCCACCUCUCUGGGUUUUACCUGGACAAUCCGAUUUUUGGCUUCUGUGUCCGGGUACCAUUUAGAAUUGCCAGAUGCCCGGUUUUCAACUGGAAAGUCCAGUCGAAAAGGGGACCAGGCAGUGUCUGGUCAGAUGUACUAACCAGACACCACAAAUCUGGUUACCGCAAGGCAUGGGGAGGCACCAGGUCGUUAACCCACACCAGCCCCUGCUCAGCUGGGGCCAUCUCCUACCUCCCGGGGGCUCCUUGUCAGG